GUACAAUCUCCAGAAAUCACAAGAAGUUUUCAGGGAACUCUUGGGAGCCACAUCCCUCCCUCUGGACCAUGGCACCUCUGAGCCAACUAAGCGGCCACAUCAAUUCCACCUGCGGGGCAGAGAACUCCACGGGUACCAACCGAACCCGCACACAUGCCUACUAUGCUCUGUCCUACUGUGCACUCAUCCUAGCCAUCAUCUUUGGCAAUGGCCUGGUGUGUGUGGCUGUGUUGAGAGAGCGGGUCCUGCAGACAACGACCAACUAUCUAGUGGUGAGCCUGGCUGUGGCAGACUUGCUGGUGGCCACCUUGGUGAUGCCAUGGGUGGUAUACUUGGAGGUGACAGGAGGAGUAUGGAAUUUCAGCCGCAUUUGCUGUGAUGUUUUUGUCACCUUGGAUGUCAUGAUGUGUACAGCCAGCAUCCUGAACCUCUGCGCCAUCAGUAUAGACAGGUACACUGCAGUGGUCAUGCCAGUUCACUAUCAGCAUGGCACAGGGCAGAGUUCCUGUCGACGUGUGGCCCUCAUGAUCACAGCCGUGUGGGUCCUGGCCUUUGCUGUGUCCUGCCCUCUCCUCUUCGGCUUCAACACUACAGGGGACCCCAGCAUCUGCUCCAUCUCCAACCCUGAUUUUGUCAUCUACUCGUCAGUAGUGUCCUUCUAUGUGCCCUUUGGGGUGACUGUCCUCGUCUAUGCCAGGAUCUAUGUGGUGCUGAGACAAAGGAGAAGAAAACGGAUCCUCACGAGACAGAACAGUCAAUGCAUCAGUGUCCGACCUGGCUUCCAACAGCAGCCUCUGUCUCCUGGCCGGGCACAUAUGGAGCUGAAGCGUUACUAUAGCAUCUGUCAGGAUACUGCUUUGAGACGGCCCAGCUUCCAAGAAGGAGAAGAACGGAAAAGAGAGGAGAGGGUGCAGAACUCCCUGAGCCCCACCUUGGCACCUAAGCUCAGCUUAGAGGUACGAAAGCUCAGCAAUGGCAGGUUAUCAACAUCUCUGAAGCUGGCUCCCUUGAACCCUCGAGGGGUCCCGCUUCGGGAGAAGAAGGCAACCCAGAUGGUGGCCAUUGUGCUUGGGGCCUUCAUUGUCUGCUGGCUACCUUUCUUCUUGACCCAUGUUCUUAAUACCCACUGUCAAGCAUGCCACGUGUCCCCAGAGCUUUACAGAGCCACAACAUGGCUAGGCUAUAUGAACAGCGCCCUCAAUCCUGUGAUUUAUACCACCUUCAAUGUGGAGUUCCGCAAAGCUUUCCUAAAGAUUCUGUCUUGCUGAAGGA